UUCUUUCAGGGCCUGCUGUCACGUUGGUAUCUUAUUACUACAGAGUCUGUUUGUGAGUCUUAAGGUCUUUUUAUUUUUAGACAGAGUUUUGCUCUUGUCACCCAGGUUGGAGUGCAAUGGCGUGAUGUCAGCUCACUGCAGCCUCCACCUCCCAGGUUCAAGCGAUUCUCCUGCCUCAGCCUCCUGAGUAGCUGGGACCACAGGCAUGCACCACCACACCAAGCUAAUUUUGUAUUUUUAGUAGAGACAGUGUUUCGCCACGGUGGCCAGGCUAGUCUCGAACUCCUGACCUCACGUGACACACCAGGUUUUGGGAUUACAGGUGUGAGCCACCACACUGGACUAAGGUCUCUGUUUUAAUGUGAAUGCUGGUCAGCUGUGCCUAUGAGGCACGUUCGGCCACCCACAGUCAUCAUGGCCUGAACAAGCUUUUCAGGUUUACUUUAGAAUGCAUUUGGCCAAGAGGUGCCCAUUCAGUUGGUUGGGGUUGCUUACAAUUUUACUUUGGGUUUAAACCAGGGAGCAACGCCAGGUAGCAAGGGCCCUUUUUGGGAGCGUUCUCUGUAUUCUCUUUUGGGAGAGGCCGUGUUGCCUGCGGCCACUUCCACCCUGCCCCUUGGGCACACAGUGUAAGCAGGUGGGCAGGAGGGGUCGGGCAGCCAGGGAAUGCGGUGAGAUGGGCUUGGGGUAGGGGCUGGGUGCGCUGCAGGACUCCUCUUCCUCCUGAGGGGUGGUAAAGGAUGGACACACGGCCCCCUCCUGAGCAUUUGAGGGUCUCUGCCCUGCCCAUCUGUUACCUGUAAAUGUUCCUUUGAGGAGCUGAUGGCUCAGGCCUGAGCCACAUCUCAAAGGGUCUGGAGAAGAAAGACCUCAUCCUACUAGGGAGCCCACCCAGCCCACCAGCGAGCGGUGGUUGGGGGCAGACAGGCUGUGGGAAUAAGGAGCCCCUGCACUCUCCCGUCCUUUUCCAUUUGUCUGAGCACCUCCAGCCAGUGGGCUUGGUCUAGACUCUCCUAUCUUUCCCCACAUCGUGGGGUGGGGCUUGCUGUGGGUUAGGCUACUUUUCCCUAGUUGUGGGGAGGGGGUGCUGGCACAUUUCACUGUUCCCUGGAGGAAAUGAGUGCCUGGGAAUUCAUGUCUAGGGCUCCCAGCAGCCUCUUUGCAGGCCAAUUUGGAAACUGUCCCCAGCCCUGCAUUUUAGGGGGUUACAGAGUCUCUCAGCAGGCCCUCCUCCCCUGCUGCUCCCAACUUCCAAGCCUGCACUGGUUGGGAGAACAGGAUGGUCCAAGGAGCCCCCUCUCUACUUUCCGCUGUGUUCCCUGUGGGGAGGGAAGAGCAGUUUAAGAAAUAAGGAAUCCCAAAGGUGCACAGCAGACCGGGGGCCGAGGAGUGGGUCCUGUUUCCCCUUCUUUUCUCUAGGCUGAGCCACAGCAGGUCCUUGAAUCCUAUUUUCCAGCGGAUGCCAGGACAGCAGGCCCUGGGGGAGUUCUCUCUCGAGCCUUUCAGAGGGACCAGAGGUCUAGCAGCCAAGGGGAACUCAGAAUCCUUGAGUGUGUGGGGCAGGAACUCUCCCAGCUGAGAAGGGGCACAAGGUGCCAACCAUCUAGGGCCCAGUGGCCAAGGAAGACGCGGCUUGUCGCAGGGAGAAUCUGAGCCCUGGGUCCUCCCUUUCAGGUCGGGCAGCUGACCUGCCCCCUGCCGCGGACACGCGAGGCCAGGCUGCUGGCUCGCAAGCAUGGCGGAGCCCAAACCUUCCCUGCUGCCGCCCACCCAGCCACGGCUGACUUGGAAGCUUGAGGAGCGUUCAGCGGCCUCCAUCCUGCUCGGGAGGACCGGGGACCUGGAAGGGCCUGGCCCUCGCUUCCCUGCAGCGCCCUAGGGGGACGUCUCAGUGCCUCCCGGAGCCCGGACCAAUGCACCAGAGCUGAGGCCCAAGGGUGUGAGGGUGGACGGGCAGUGGCCCCGAGGACGACGCCCCACAAGUUUGCGGCCAGGGCCCAGCAAACCCCUAGGGGUGGGAAAGCGUCGGCCCAGCCAGCAGGUCCAGCAGGGCUGCCCCCUUUACCCGUGGCCCAGCGGUCACGACCCCGCGUCCUCAUCGCGGGCUGGGACUGCCUCUGCGUCUGGCCUGAGCGGGACCUGGGAUCCUGGGGAGCCCCGCCUCGGUGCACUGACAAAGCCCAGCAGGAGUGACAGUUACCGCUUCCGGUCAGGACCGGAAGUGCCGGGAACGGCAUUCGUCCUCCGUGCGAGAUGACGCACUUCCUGCCUGAGGCGGCCGCUGUUCUCGCGGCUUCCGGCAGGUGGCGCUGAGACCACGGGAAGCCAGCCUGGCUAUCGGUUAGCCCUCGAGCAUUCUGGGAAUUGCAGGCCUGGCCCCUCCUCUUCCUGUUCUUGGUCAAUUCCGGUCUUGUUUCUCCAACAAAUGCCGUCGUUUCCGGGGCUGCUUCCGAGCCGGACCCAAGGGCCGUGGCGUGGAGUAGAGGGGCGAGCGCAUGCGCACAGGACUACACGUCCCGACAGGCGUCGGGAGCGGCGGCCCAGUGCCUUGUGGGAGCUGUAGUUCUGCAGGCGCGGAAGCCGUGGUGCUCGGCCGGCAGAGCACUCGGUUUCCCAGAGGGCUGAGCGCGCCGCACGGACGUGCGGCGCCGACCAAGAUGGAGACUGCCGAGCAGCCUUGAGCCGUUGAGCAGCUGAACAGAGGCAGUGCCGGGGCACUCUGAGGCCUGAGGCGACCACGCCUGUGCCGCUGAGGACCUUCAUCAGGGCUCCGUCCACUUGGCCCGCUUGGCUGUCCAAUCACACUCCAGUGUCAACCACUGGCACCCAGCAGCCAAGAGAGGUGUGGCGUGGCCCUGGGGACGCAUGGCUGAGGCAGAAACAGGUGAGCCGUCCCCCAGCGUGGAGGGCGAGCACGGGACGGAGUAUGACACGCUGCCUUCCGACACAGUCUCCCUCAGUGACUCGGACUCUGACCUCAGCUUGCCUGGUGGUGCUGAAGUGGAAGCACUGUCCCCGAUGGGGCUGCCUGGGGAGGAGGAUUCAGGUCCUGAUGAGCCGCCCUCACCCCCGUCAGGCCUCCUCCCAGCCACGGUGCAGCCAUUCCAUCUGAGAGGCAUGAGCUCCACCUUCUCCCAGCGCAGCCGUGACAUCUUUGACUGCCUGGAGGGGGCGGCCAGACGGGCUCCAUCCUCUGUGGCCCACACCAGCAUGAGUGACAAUGGAGGCUUCAAGCGGCCCCUAGCACCCUCAGGCCGGUCUCCAGUGGAAGGCCUGGGCAGGGCCCAUUGGAGCCCUGCCUCACCAAGGGUGCCUCCGGUCCCUGACUACGUGGCACACCCCGAGCGCUGGACCAAGUACAGCCUGGAAGACGUGACCGAGGUCAGCGAGCAGAGCAAUCAGGCCACCGCCCUGGCCUUCCUGGGCUCCCAGAGCCUGGCUGCCCCCACUGACUGCGUGUCCUCCUUCAACCAGGACCCCUCCAGCUGUGGGGAGGGGAGGGUCAUCUUCACCAAACCAGUCCGAGGGGUCGAAGCCAGACACGAGAGGAAGAGGGUCCUGGGGAAGGUGGGAGAGCCGGGCAGGGGCGGCCUUGGGAAUCCUGCCACAGACAGGGGCGAGGGCCCUGUGGAGCUGGCCCAUCUGGCCGGGCCCGGGAGCCCAGAGGCUGAGGAGUGGGGCAGCCCCCAUGGAGGCCUGCAGGAGGUGGAGGCACUGUCAGGGUCUGUCCACAGUGGGUCUGUGCCAGGUCUCCCGCCGGUGGAAACUGUUGGCUUCCAUGGCAGCAGGAAGCGGAGUCGAGACCACUUCCGGAACAAGAGCAGCAGCCCCGAGGACCCAGGUGCUGAGGUCUGAGAGGGAGAUGGCCCAGCCUGACCCCACUGGCCACUGCCAUCCUGCUGCCUUCCCAGUGGGGCUGGUCAAGGGGCAGCCUGGCCACUGCCUAGCUGGAAUGGGAGGAAGCCUGCAGGCUGCCUGUAGGUGGCACCGGUGGCCCUGGCUGCAGCUCUGGGCGGCAUCCUCCCAAGCAGAGACCUUGCUGAAGCUCCUGGGGUGUGGGGUGUGGGCUGGAAGCAGUGGCUUCCUGGUAGGGACAAUAAAGGUUUUGGGUCUUUCUGA